AUGGAUGGGGGAAAAGAGAACGAAAUUCACUUAGCUGGUGAAUAUGAAAAACCGAGCACGGCUUCGUCGAUAGGAACAAUUUACUCCAUUGAACAAAGGGAGCAAGAGGAAAGAGCAAUUAAGGAGGAUAUCGAUAUGAUAGGCCAGGCAAUGGGUGAACUUAAAAACGACAUGAAAAGCGUUAUCAAAGAACUAAGCAUUUUAUCAUCUAAUGUGGAGCAAUUAUCAACACAAAUAAGAAAAUCAAGGACUGGUAUCGAUGUUGGUUCUGCAAAUUCUGCGAUCGACUCUGCAGUCGACAUGUAUCAGGUUCAACGCAUCGAAUAUUCUGACCUUAAAGAUCCUGAAGAUACGAAGGAUAUUGUGAGGGGUGAUCAUAAAAAGAUUGUUAAAAAAAGUUGGCGUGGUCUAGAAGUUGCUUGCAAAAGGAUUCAUUCUAUUGAAAAGAAUGAUACUCCAUUAUACCAGAAAACUCGUACCGAAUUGGCUAUACUCACCUUAUUAGGGCAAUGCAAUUAUAUCAUUUAUUUCCAUGGUCUUUCUAGGGUAGACAGUCAAGAUGUCAUGGUUUUUGAAUGGGCGAAAGAAGGAAAUUUGAAAUAUUUUUAUGAGAACUUUUUCCUUGAUUCGAAGAUGCAAUUAAAGCUCGCUCGUGACAUAUUCAGCGGCCUUUAUUUUAUACAUAACAGCAACAUUCUUCAUCAUGACGUUCGUUGUGAAAAUAUCUUGAUUACCGAAGACAAAGUGGCCAAGAUUACUAAUUUUGAACUGGCUCGCAACGUGGAAGAAGCGUCUAGGCCCGUCAGAAAUUUAAGUACUUACGUUCGUUGGUUGGCUCCUGAAAAAAUGAACGGAAAUCGUUACACUCAUCAAUGUGAAAUGUUUAGGAAUUAUAUGAAAAACAUGUACCCACGGGCACUUCGCCACAAGUCCUUUGCAAAAAACACCCAAAUGAAGAAUUUUCGAGCCUUAGUUUGGGUACACCGGAUAUGCCUGAUGUCAACGACUGUUUGA